CGUCGAAGUCGACGAAGUUCGACAUAAGCACGUUUGUGCUUUAUGACGCUUUGGGUCUAUCGUCUAUCCGUCCGCGUCCGCGUCCACCACGUAUGUAUGUACAUACAUAAAUACCACUCGUAGAUACUACCUGUAGAUGUAGCUGAGUCUUACAAAAUAACGAAGUCUUGUAAGAGAGUGCCCCCCGAAAAAGCAGAUAGAGAGAAAUAAAAGUAUCUGCGCGCGAGUGCACUGCGUGGAUACAUAAUGCGACUGACUCUAUAGCCCCCGAAGACUAAACGAACGGAAUUUCUUUUUUGGAAGCUUCAGUUACCAUCUACCAACUGCCUUGAGCGGACGUUAACGGAAACGCGUCCCCUAAUUUAUUAAGUCUUUUAGAUUGAAGGGACUUUAGUUGUCUUUUCUUUUUUCUUUCUUAAAUCGGUUUGUGUCUUCGAAGGAAACAAAGCUUCUUCUUCUUUAGCUCCAUACUUAAAUACCUACUCAUAAACUUCCUGAGAUUAUCUCCUAUGGUUGUAUCUCAUGCUCUUUUCGGUGUUUCGUGCAUUUUUGUUAAGACCGCCAGUUGUGCCCCAAACGUGCAGGGGCCAAUACCUUCUCCUCGUAUCCGGGUCGUACAGAGCUUCUUAGUGGAAAAAAUAUAUCGGAAAAAUAUAUAAUCCGUUGCAUCACUGUCUGAACACUUCAGUCGAUCGAAGGUUGUUGAGCGAAGCUAUACUUAAAAACAAAAAUAUUUAAACUGAACGGUUUUGGAUACUGAUCUCGAAGAUUCUAGAAAAAAAAAACUUUAUUUUUCAAAGCUUUUUGUGUUUUCGAAUUUAGAAAAAAUUUAACUUUUUUAAGAAUUGUGAUAAAUUUUUUAUUUUUUUGAAAAGUGAACUCAAGCCUUACCUGUGGAUUACCUUAAGGCUUUUUUCAAAAAGUGAUUUCUCCAAAAAUAAAAAUAAGAAAUUAAGUUAAAAAAAAUGUUUCUGACUUAGAAAUACAUUUUUUGAAAAAAAAAAUAUAAGAAAAAAUCCCAAAAAGUGUAAAAAAAAAUAAAUUUAAAAAAGAAACUCCCUUGUAAUGCUUAACAUGGAGUCGCCCCAAAUGUACGAUACCGUGCAGACUCUGUCACAACUGGACCUCAAAAAACAGCCCGCUCAAGCGAUCAUCGGUCAGAUUACUCUGACAGCGAUGGCUAACGGCGGCAACAGCUCUGCCGAUGCAAACAAUAAUCACAAUAACGGUUUAGUGGUAAACAAACAUUCUGUGCAUCACAUGCAACAAGCAGCGGCUGUGAACAACAACAAUAACAACAACACCACAAACGGCAACACACCUCAGCAACAGCAACAACAACAGAACAACAACGUUACAACCAGUAUGCUGCAAAAACAAAUGAUGCAGCAAUAUUCACAAAGCGACCUGGACGAGCUGACCACUCAGGAAAUAACCCUCGACCUGCAGCACCUCAUCGAUGAUCAAUUCCGUGAGCAAGAAGCCCUGGGAAUAUUCAGCGACAUGGUUGCCAGUCCUGGAGGCUUCGGCGGAGGAGGCUUAAACACAAAUGGAGUGGUGAGUGCAGCGGCCAAAGUUCUACAACAGCAUCAACUGCAACAGCAGACUUUGAGAUCAGCCCAGAACCAUGGGUACAGUCGAAAUGCCCUGGCCUAUAUGCCUCAGGCGGUUCACUCGGGAGCGACCUACAGCAAUAAUUCGAGUGGUGAUGAGAACAGCUCAGUGGGUUCCGAGGCUUCCACUAUCAAAGAGGAACCAAUCGACCCUCAAGAAUACAGGAGGCAGCUCCAGGACGGCAAUGCCGCAGCAGCAGCUUUCAUCGGUGCCGCCAAUGGCACGACGAAUGGACUCUACAACUUGACAGGCGGUAGUGGAAACCUACCGUAUCAGGCUGCAAAUGCUGGAACGAAUGGCAAUAACGCCUUCACAACGCUCACCCCUGCCAAUGGCCUGCAUCACGCUAAUCUACCACAUCUUUCCGCUGGAGCGCAUCUCCUUAAAUCACAUCACCUUUCCAACAACAAGCAGAUGCUACCGCAACGGAAGCAAUCACAGAAGAACAUUGACAAAGGUACAGACGAGUAUCGUCGGCGUCGUGAACGAAAUAACAUUGCAGUUCGCAAAAGCAGAGAAAAGGCCAAAGUGCGAUCACGCGAAGUCGAAGAGCGUGUCAAGACUUUGCUCAAAGAAAAGGAUGCCCUACUGCGGCGUCUCGAAGAAAUGACCAAUGAAAUCCAGCUGCACAAACAAAUCUACAUGCAAUUGAUGAAUCAUGCCAAUCCGGAAGUUAGUCGAAUAUGCAGAAGUUUUCUCAACAUGAGCGAUCACGGCCUCUAGAGCUAGAAGACUUUCUCUCCUACACUUAAUUCCGAUAUGCGCACUGCUGGUCUCAGGAUAUUUAUUCCUCAUCCAAAAAUCCUCAUUUUCAAUUUUAUUUGUGUACAAAACAAAAAAAAAAUAUUACAAAAAUAAAUGUCCAUGUUUCCUUAAAAGAAAUUGUGUUAUAAAAAUCAUGGUGACAGUUAAAUACAAAAAAAAAACAAAUCAUUAUUAAACAUAUAAAUUAAUUGUUGUAAAUAUUUUUGUUCGUUCUCGUAAAUUAUUUUCAUAUAUAUAUAUUUUUUUUGUAAAUUCAUCUAAAUUAAAACAAAAGAAAACAUAUAAAUAUUUUAUUUUGUCAGGUAUACAUUCAUUAAAUUCGUACUUAAAAUAAUUAAAAACAAAAUAAUACCAUUAUUUAGAUGUAAAUUGUAUAUUUUUAUUGAAUAUUUAAACAAAACAAAAAAUUAAAUAAAAGAUUGUAAGAUAAGCCAAAGAAAUAUAUAUCUAAUAUUUAAUAGAAAAAUUAUGUAAAAACAAAUCAAAGCUUAUGACAAAAGAAAGAA